CCCGGGAGGGUGAGAAGGGCCGGCAGCCGGAGCCGAGCCGGGUGACGGUCUUCCCGGAGUCUGAGACCCUCCCCUCGAUCCGGCACUGGGACGUCUCGCCCUCUCGCGGCACCUGUUGCAGGUGACAGGUAACUCUAGUAGCUCUCCUGGUCUGGCACUUUGAAGAAAGAAGAAAGAAGAAAAAACACGAUAAGUCAUGUCAGAGAUACUUGACCUCUCUUUUCUGUCUGAGGUGGAAAGGGAUUUGAUCCUCAAUGUUCUACAACGAGAUGAGGAGCUCCGGAGAGCAGAUGAGAAAAGGAUCAGACGACUGAAGAAUGAGUUACAGGAGAUAAAAAGGAAGGGGGCCAAGAGGGGCAGUCAGCACUACAGCGAUCGGACCUGUGCCCGAUGCCAGGAGAGCCUGGGUCGCUUGACUCCCAAGACCAACAGCUGUCGGGGUUGCAAUCAUCUGGUGUGUCGGGAAUGCCGCAUCCAGGAGACCAAUGGUACCUGGAGGUGCAAAGUGUGUGCCAAGGAAAUAGAGUUGAAGAUGGCAACUGGAGACUGGUUUUAUGACCAGAAAGUGAAUCGCUUUGCUUACCGCACAGGCAGUGAGAUCAUCAGGAUGUCCCUGCGCCGCAAGCCUGCAGCCAAUAAAAGAGAGACAGUGGGACAGUCCCUCCUUCACCAGGCACAGGUGGGCAAUAUCUGGCCAGGAAGAAAGAUCAUUCAGGAGCAACAGAAGGAGCCCAGGGAACUCAGUGUGCCGUUUGAAGUUCCCAAGCUGAAGGGUGGAAAGAACACGCUGGAGGCUGAGAGUGAGAGUCUAGACAGCUAUACAGCUGACUCGGAUAGCAUCUCCAGGAGAGACUCUCUAGAUAAAUCUGGCCUCUUUCCAGAAUGGAAGAAGAUGUCUGCCCCCAAACCUCAAGUAGAAAAGGACACUCAGCCUGGAGGUCAAAAUGUGGUAUCUAUUGAUGAGGGUGAAAUGAUCUUCAAGAAGAACACUAGAAAAAUCCUCAGGCCUCCAGAAUAUACUAAAUCUGUGAUCGAUCUUCGCCCGGAAGAUGUGGAGCAUGAGGGUGGCUCCUUGGGAGACAGAAGCAAAUCAGUCCCAGGCCUCAGUGUAGAUAUGGAAGAGGAAGAGGAAGAAGAAGACAUUGACCACCUGGUGAAGUUGCAUCGCCAGAAACUAGCCAGAAGCAGCAUGCGAAGUGGCUCCUCCAUGAGUACAAUCGGCAGCAUGAUGAGCAUCUAUAGUGAAGCUGGUGAUUUUGGGAACAUCUUUGUGACUGGCAAGAUAACCUUUUCCCUGAAGUACGAGCAGCAGACACAGACUCUGGUCAUCCAUGUGAAGGAGUGCCACGAUCUGGCCUACGCUGAUGAAGCCAAGAAGCGCUCUAACCCAUAUGUGAAGACUUAUCUUCUGCCUGACAAAUCACGCCAAGGAAAAAGAAAAACCAGCAUCAAGCGGGACACCAUCCAUCCGCUCUAUGAUGAGAUCCUCAGAUAUGAGAUCCCAGAAUCUCUCCUGGCCCAGAGGACAUUGCAGUUUUCGGUUUGGCAUCAUGGCCGUUUUGGCAGAAAUGCUUUCCUUGGAGAGGCAGAGGUCCAGAUGGAUUCCUGGAAGCUUGAUAAGAAACUGGAUCAUUGCCUCCCUUUACAUGGAAAGAUCAGUGCUGAGUCCCUGACUGGCUUGCCAUCACACAAAGGCGAGUUGGUGGUUUCAUUGAAAUACAUCCCAGCCUCCAAACUUCCUGUUGGAGGUGACCGGAAAAAGAGUAAAGGUGGGGAAGGGGGAGAGCUCCAGGUGUGGAUCAAAGAAGCCAAGAACCUGACGGCUGCCAAAUCAGGAGGGACUUCAGACACCUUUGUCAAGGGAUACCUCCUUCCCAUGAGGAACAAGGCCAGUAAGCGUAAAACUCCAGUGAUGAAGAAGACCCUGAAUCCCCACUACAAUCAUACAUUUGUCUACAAUGGUGUGAGGCUGGAAGAUCUACAGCACAUGUGCCUGGAACUGACUGUGUGGGACCGGGAGCCCCUGGCCAGCAAUGACUUCCUGGGAGGGGUCAGGCUGGGUGUUGGCACUGGGAUCAGUAAUGGGGAAGUGGUGGACUGGAUGGACUCGACUGGGGAAGAAGUGAGCCUGUGGCAGAAGAUGCGACAGUAUCCGGGGUCUUGGGCAGAAGGGACUCUGCAGCUCCGUUCCUCAAUGGCCAAGGAGAAGCUGGGCUUAUGAGUCCCUGCCCUUCUCUGCGGGUCCAGCCCUGACCAGGGCAAUUGAGAGGAAGCGAAGAAACCAAGAGCGAACAUUUAUAAUUUCAUGUGUGUGUGAUGUAUGUGUGUGUACAAACUUGUAUUUCUACACAUCUAGCUGCCAAAGUGAUGCAGGCUUUCUCCCUCUUAAAGCAGGCGCGAGAAUGAGGGUCUCUUGAAAAUGUUUUUAUUUAUGCAAAAUCUACCCUAUUUUCAGAGCCUUGUCUUGCUUGUAUCUUUGUGAGGUUGAAUUAACUCUAAAAAACCUUCCAAAACGACUUUUUAUCUCCUGUCUUGCUGUCCUUGUUUCCACUUCCCAGGAAGCCCCAUUACCUUUGGCAUUCACACUUACUUAGAAUUCAAAGCGAGCCCAGCUCUGGGAGGCAGAGUUGGGUUGCUGGAGAGAGAACGGGGAAAGAGGGGUGUGGGUCCUCGCCGUCAUCUCCAGUGUAUGUCUGCUUUCAGCUCAUUUCCUACCUUGAUAAAUUUCUGGAACUUGGCUUUUGUUUUGUUUUUAACUAAUGUCUACCUUGCUUGGGGUCUAAUGGUUUUCCUUCAAAUGCUAAGAAUAGUCCUCAAUUCCUAUCUGUUCUAGACAUCUUCACUAGACCUUUGGUGAACCCUUAUAAUGGGGCUGUUUUAGAAAAGCACUUUAAUUAGAUAGUGGCCUUUUGAUUGAGUCAUAGAGAUGCCCAGCAAGAGCUUCUGGGUGGUUCCAGAGGACCAAAGUGACUGAGGAUGAAGUGUCUCCCAGCCCAGGCUGAAUUCUUUGCAUUGGAAAUGGAUACAGCGGUUGUUGGAGAGAAAGAUGAGACACUUCACUCGCGUAGCCCCUUAGUCUUGGUGUUCGUGGUCACAGGUAGACACAGAAUAUGAUCUGUGUACUGUUCUCUCAUCCAGAAUAGCCAAGCACCAAGUCAGCACAGUGUUUCUCCAGGAUGGGCAUUGUUCAUGCCCCAAGAGAAUGCAUUCAGGGAAUCUCCCAGUUUCUCUGACUUCUUUCUUGCAGUGGUUUCAGUUUCUGUUCUUUCCUCAACUUGGCCCAGAAGAGUAGUGUGUUGAGAGCUUUCUAAAAAGGGCCUAGUGUUCUGAGGCUCCUUUUCUGAUACAUGUUCCUCUAAACUGACCUUUCUAUUCUUACAAGUAUAUGUACACAGAGUGGUUUGUGAGAGGAGUGUAUACUGGUGAAGAAAUCCCUUUCAGCAGAGUCAACUAGUUGACUCUCCUAUUAGGCCACUGGGCUGAGAACAGCUAUGGAGGUUUCUAAUGAAUGUGUGAACUGAAUGGAGGGGAGUUUUUAAAAGGUGUAUUUGGUAUAGAUUACUACUGUAAUGGAAGGCAUAACCUGUAAUCCUAGACUGUAACUUGCUCCUCUGUUGUCUACCCCCUGAAAUCCUGAAAUGAAUGUGUGCCCCCUCAAUAAAAGCUUUCUCAUUUGUCAAAUGUUUGUUUGCACUUGUCAGUUCUAUCAAUGCUUUUGUCUCCAUGUCCUGACUUACUGUUGUUGCUUUUCAUGUGGCUUGAAGGAUCAGAAUGAGUGUGACACCUUUCCCUAACCAUCCUGUGCAUAUUCAGAGAACAUUUGCCUUUCCCCACAUUGCUAUCUGAUACCUCCACUCCCUUGCCCUUUGUGUCUGGUGUCUAGAGAGUUACUAUCCAUACCCACCCACUCCUACCACCCUGUGCAUGUUUCUUUCUGGAUCUUUCCAUUUCUAUAGGAGAUAGGACCUUUCUUUUUCUUUCACUCCUAUUACCAGUAUUUAGUUUUGAGAGAUAAAUGAUGCUGAUGCUAGGUAACCCAUCUCAGAGAUAAGACUCUGGGUUUCUAGUAGAACAGUAGUGAUUCUUAACCUCUUAGGCAAAAGGGCAUGAAAAGUUUGAAUUCCUUUUGUGUAUAAGACUUUAUGCUAAGCAAUUAUAUAUAUUAUUUCCUUAAUUUCUCCAAACACCAUCUAUAGUUGGAAAAUUUUCUUUUUUGCACAUGAUGAAAGUCAAGCCCACUGUCAUACAACAGAGUUUGGGUUUGAAUGUGACUCUCCUGUACCAUGCUGCCUCCUGUGAAGGUGAUGUGUGUUAUGGGCAGAGAUUCAAAGGAAGGGAUGACUUCUAAAAUAUCUCAAAGAAAUACGUUUAGUUUACAAAGUAGGACAAUCAGAAUGCUUUGAAUGUGAACUAAUCAACUUACUGACUGAACAGCUUCUGUGUGUGUGUGUGUGUGUGUGUGUGUGUGUGUGUGGUGGGGGGCAAAGAGGGGUGUGGGCUAACCCCCUUUGGUCUGGCUGUGGACCUGAUGUUGCUGCUGACCUUUAGAAGUUGGAAUGUCUUGAAUCAGUCUGCAAAAGAGGUUACAACCACUUUACCCAAAGCAAGAUUGAUGUGCCUUGACUACUCAAUAAAAUGAAA